GUGGCCGUGCACGCACAGGGUAUCUUGAGCGCGCACCGCAACCUUCCCCCGAAAAAACCCUUUUUUCCUAGUGCAGCCAAUCAGGAGCCAGGAAAGGAACCGUCGCGGAGAAACUUCAGAAGUGGUUCAACUGAAGCGCAACAAAAAACAACAGACAACCGCUAUGGAUUUUCCUACGGUUAUCGCCAGGCAGCUCGAAAAGCUGCAUCAAAGACAGGUCGAAGAUGCCGCCGCGCGGUACGAGACCGGGGUGGCGGUUCUUAGGGCCGCUGCGGAAAGCCUCGCACCGCUACAGUCCCCCGCACAGAAAAGGGCGGGGGAGGCCCUGUGGCGAAAGCUUCGGUGCACGCUCGUCGAGAGCGUGCUGGGACAGAAAGGGGAAGGGGGCCCGCCCCCUCCCCAAGUUGCUCGGGCAGCAAUGCCCCGGGUGCCCAACGCACCUAAAGGGGGCAAACCACCCCCAAAAAAACACCAAUCAGCGAGGUCGAACCGGCCGGUCGCUGGUGGGGCCAACCCGGCCCCGAUCAAAACAGGCUGCGCACUUACGCCGGUAGGGCCGGGGAAACCCGAAAGCGACGGGGCAGCCAAACACCCGGUCCGGGCAACGGGAGUGGUGGCCGCCGUGCGGCCCACGCCCGAACCCGAAACCGAACAAGUUACCAGCCCUAGCGAGAUGGAAGUGGAUAGCCCGGCAAAGGCCGGGGCACCAAAGGAAGGAUGGCCCACGCCUCCGCCGUCCUCCCCCGCCCCCCUUCCGCUAUCCUUCGCCGAGGCAGCGGCUCGCCCCGCCCUACCUAGUGCAGGGCCGGACGUGCCGAACGAGGUGGCCGGCCCCGUUUCGGGGCCGGACGCGCAACAAGUAACGAAACUAGUGGAGGCAGCGAUAAGGUCUGCGUCAGGGUGCGAGCACCUGGGAAAGCUUAACCCUGCCGCACGGAAAAAGCUUUACCAGCAGGCGCUGGGCCAUAGGGCCCGGGCCAGGGGAAUGCUUCUAAACGCACAACAAGUACCGGAGUUACGGGCACGAGCUACGGCAGCGCUCGAGGCUAACUUACGGGCUAUGAAAAAACUUGGGUGGAAAGGGGACCAGGACCCUAGCUAAAAGGGGGACGUAAGGGCCCCAAAAAGAAAGAGCGGAGGCCAGGGGUAAGGUUUUACAGUUGCCCUGUGGUUAUAACUUUCCUUGUACCUAGCCUUCGAGAGCCGGCGCAACGCGGCCACAGAGAAAUUGCCCAGCCGCCGUCGCGGGCACGUCAGAGGACCGCAUGCUGUGGUCGCUCGACGGGACUGGCCCUGCCAGCACCCGAGGCGCUGACGUUAAUAGACUUACU